GAGACCAGUAUUUACACGGAGCAGUCUCUAGUGUCUAGUGAGCUCUACAGAGUGAUCAUCGUUUGGUUUUCCACCGUUUGAUCUUCAUCGUACGCGAGGAAGAUGCCGAUCAGAAACAUCGCCGUAGGCCAUCCCCAGGAGGCAACUCAACCAGACGCCUUGAAGGCGGCUCUGGCUGAGUUCAUCUCUACUCUUAUUUUCGUCUUCGCCGGCGAAGGUUCCGGUAUGGCCUUUAGCAAGCUCACAAACAACGGUGCAACCACACCUGCUGGUCUCGUUGCUGCAUCCAUCGCGCACGCUUUUGCACUUUUUGUCGCUGUUUCCGUUGGCGCCAACAUUUCCGGUGGUCAUGUCAACCCUGCUGUUACAUUCGGCGCUUUCGUCGGCGGCAACAUCACUCUUCUUCGUGGAAUCCUCUACUGGAUCGCUCAGCUCCUCGGCUCCACAGUCGCUUGCUUGCUUCUCAAGUUCAGUACCGGUGGCCUGACCACGGCUGGUUUCGCACUCUCUUCCGGGGUUGGUGUAUGGAACGCGUUCGUUUUCGAGAUCGUGAUGACCUUUGGGCUAGUGUACACAGUAUACGCCACAGCCAUUGAUCCAAAGAAGGGUAAUUUGGGAAUUAUUGCACCCAUCGCAAUUGGUUUCAUUGUAGGAGCAAAUAUUUUGGCGGGAGGGGCAUUCGACGGAGCAUCGAUGAACCCAGCGGUGUCGUUUGGACCAGCCUUGGUGAGCUGGAGCUGGGACAACCACUGGGUGUACUGGGCUGGGCCACUCAUCGGUGGUGGACUUGCUGGGGUCGUUUAUGAGUUGUUGUUCAUCGGACACAACACCCACGAGCAACUUCCCUCCACUGACUACUAAACCAGCCGCGGUGGUGGUGGUGGUGCAAGGAUGAUGGGGGUGACUCGGCUUUCUUUCUUUGGUAUUUUUUUUUUUAUCUUUCGAGGGUAAUUAUUUAUCAUGUGUUUAAUCUGUGAUCGUUGAUCUUUUCUCCAUCACUAUCAUCCAAGGGUGUGUGAUUUGUGUGUUCUGCUCCUGUUGUGUUAUUCCUUUUUUAACUAGUCAUCUUAACCUUUUUUUUUUU